UCUAGAUAUAUCGAUAUCUUCUAAUUAAUUUCAGAUCAAUGGCAGACCUCUGAUGACGGCGCGCCCGGGAAACCAGAGACGCCAGAAACAUCUCAGGAUGUCAGGUUUCUCACGACUUUCAGUUUCAUUCUAUCUCCUCCAGUUCUUUCUGGAAACACCAGCUUUUGUUGAUGGUAGGCGAAUUAACAUACAGAAGAGAUAUACAAAGAACCAAGUCUGCAAGGAAACAACACAUACCGUAACAAAUGUACAGAAUUGUCCAUUGGAUGACAAUUCAUUUCAGGAAAGGGUGCAAGCUAAACAAUGUGAAAAAGUCAACCAUUCUUCUUGCUCAGAUGAAAUAUUUGUGUACCACUGUGUACGUUUUCGAGAAAACCUAGUCGAGCUGUGUGCACCAAGAGGAUUAAUUACAGGUGGAUGCUGUGCGCAAUUCAAUGAAGGAGUAGGAAGAGUGAUAGAAGACUACAACGUGCUAUGUUCGGAAUGCCCCCUAAACUACUAUACAAACGAGACAUGCAAAUAUCCAUCCUGUGUUAAGCCUAGAACAAUUGCAACUGAAACAAGUAUAUCACAAUUGCCAAAUGAAACUUCAAUUCCCAAAGUUUCCACAGCCAAAAUCUCAACAACAAACAAAAUAGAUUGCAGUACAUCAGAACGCUCCAAACGACAUGCUAGGUGCAUCUUAAAUCGGAAAAAUUCAGUCCAAAGCAUAGAGGCAACAAGUAUUUCGACUUCUUCAGCAAGCAAUGGAAACACUGGAACUAGACCUAUUAGAGUGACAACGUCAUUUUUAUACAUCAUUAUUGCAGUUACUGUAGUUAUAGUCAUCAUAAUUUCGUCUUUGAUGUUAUACUACAGUCGAAAACGUUCAUUCAAAUUUUGUAUUUGCAUUGCAUCAAAGGAAAACACUAAAAAUGUUGAAUGGAUGGAUCCAGAACGUGAAAAACUCGAGGUAUCCAAUAAAGUAUAUGCAGUCAAAGAAAUCGCAGACUUGAAAAAUUGAAAAUCAGGAGCCUCUUUUACUGAAUGGAUCUUCCAGCUGCGAUAAACCCUGAAAAGAGCGAUAACCGAUGUUUAAAUCUCAGGAAUCAAAAAACUGAAUGGACAUCUUCUCCUAAUUCUAUUGCACAAUCUCAACAACAAGCAGGUGAUAAGGAAUUGUCGAUAGCCUAGUCAAUUUACAUGCCAUUGGAUAUAUUAUCAUUAGUAUUAAUAUUUUAUUAAGGCAAUUUUGCAUUUGAGGUCUUCUUCAAGAUCAUGUAACUUCGAAUUCAUUUGAUUUUAAUUAGAUAAAUCUAUCUCAAAAAUGAGUUCUUAUCCAAACAAUUAAUCUAGAUCAUGUCUGUUUAAAUAAAUCAAAAGUUAAUUUUAGAUCAGGAAAAUUCCUCACUAAAACAUUAAUUUUUCAUUUUGUUAGCUUUUCAGUGUCCAUGAUUCAGUAACAGUUUAUUUCUAAAAAUGCUUUCCAUUUAUUUAAUAUAUUUAGAAACAAAUUAGCAACAUAACUGAGUAAAAUGAAUAUUUACAUAUACAUGUAAAAUCAGACAUAAAAACAAUGACAGCUUAGCCAAAAAACCCUAAAAAGUAGCGUGUUAUGUAUAAGCUUCAUACAUUUGUACAUGUGUAUAUAUAUCAAAUUUAAAUCAAUUAUAUAUAAUAUCACAGAAACUAGAACUUCACAUAUACGAUCAAGGCUAAAGACUAUAAAUAAGAUUAUAGGAACAUUGAAUAAAGUUUAUCAUGUGUGAAUGCACUAUUUUUUUUUUAUCUGGCUUUUGAUUGAGGUUGACUGGAAUGGCAAUAAUUUGAUUUUAUAUUUUUCCUUAAAAAGUUCGGAUUUCAUACAAGUCAAAAUACCGGUAAAUGAUAGCAAUUGACAAUUCUACCAAAAAAACCCAUAAAAGUACUAUCUGAAAAAAAAGUUUUAAAAAAUUUCCUCUUUCGUUUUUAAAUAUUUUGCUAAUUAUAUGAAAAUUAAUGUACAAGGAAGAAAUAAAGUCACGUUUAUUCAUUAUAAUUUAAGCUUAUAUCAUACAAAAUAGCUCUAUUAUAUUUACUAAUUAUCAUAUGUUUUUUUCACAAGUUGAUCACAAGGACAUAAUAAUGUUACUAGAGAAUGUUAUAACCCCAUAUGACAAAUUUCAUUGAAAAAUUACGCAAAGAUUUAAUCACAUCCUUGUUUCAUUCAUUCUUGAUCUGCGUAAAAUCAGAUACACAUAACAAACUAAAAAUCG